AUUCGGGGCCAUUGUUUUGCCAGUGGGGAAGCCGACCCUGACAACUGGUGCCAACAGUGUUUACCUCAGCUCUCCAACCACACUUGGACAGAGCGUCCUGUCAAUCGGGCCCCGCGUUUCAACUCCCCAUCAACCAUCACCAAGGUAGCAGGUGAAAAUCUUACCCUUACAAUCGGCGCAGAUGACCCAGAGGGUAGGCAAGUCACCUUUUCUAAAGACACAAGUUCACCAAGUCAGCAUGGUGUUCAGCUGCAACCAAAUGGUUAUCUUUCAUGGUAUGGGCAUAACUCGACUCCCUUCAAUGUGCUAAUCACCAUAACUGAUGAAUGUGGUGCCUCUUCCCAACAAACCUUCCAGUUCCAAAUCAUGGAUUGCCCGUGUCAACACGAUGGGUCAUGUAUCCCUGACGUCACCAAGCCCAGAGGUCAAGGUUUCUACACAUGUGAAUGUCCCGGCUACACUGGACAAUACUGUGAGGCUGAGAUCAACGAGUGUGAGUCCAGUCCGUGUACAAAUGGUACCUGCAUUGACAUACUCAACGGCUAUAACUGUACAUGUGACGCCGGGUCUACGGGACCAAACUGCGACAUAAGCUUUGAUGAUCUGUGUGCGUUAGGAGCCUGCUUUCCUGGGGUCAGCUGCAUCAACCUAGGUGGAGGAGAAGUCAGAUGUGGCAGGUGUCCAUCUGGGUACUUUGGGAAUGGAUAUAUCUGUCAAGAUAUCGACGAGUGCGCUGAUGCCCAAGCCUAUGGAUGUAAUCAUAUCUGUCAGAACGUUCCGGGAAGCUACCGCUGCACCUGUCAACGGGGUUUUAUAUUGGUUGAACCGGACUGCAUUGAUCUGGACGAGUGCCUAUUCGGUAUUUCUGAAUGUUCACACAUCUGUACCAACACAAAUGGCAGCUACACUUGUCACUGCCCACAAGGAUGGAUUCUUGGGCCCGAUGGAAAUAAUUGUAUUGAUAUUGAUGAGUGUGUACUGACGAACCAUGGCUGUGAGUACCAGUGUGCUAAUACACCAGGCGGGUAUGAAUGUGCCUGUCCAGACGGAUAUGUGGUGGCAGCGGAUGACACCAAUGAGUGUUCCUCCAACCCAUGUAACAACAAUGCAACGUGUCGUGACGAAGUGAACAGUUACGCGUGUGCGUGUGCGGAUGGCUGGGAGGGUCUGCAUUGUGAUAUUGACACCGAUGAGUGUUCCUCCAACCCGUGUAAGAACAAUGCCACUUGUCAUGACGAACUAAACAGCUACACGUGUGCAUGUGCGGAUGGCUGGGAGGGUCUGCAUUGUGAUAUCGACACCAAUGAGUGUUCCUCCAACCCAUGUAAGAACGGUGCCACGUGUCAUGACGGACUGAACAACUACACGUGCAAAUGUUUGGCAGGUUGGAAGGGUCUGCAUUGUGAUAACGACACCAAUGAGUGUUCCUCCAACCCAUGUCAGAACGGCGCCACGUGUCAUGACGGGAUAAACAGCUACACGUGUGGAUGUGUGGCUGACAUAGACGAAUGCUUUUGUAACCCAUGUAAGAACGGUGCCACGUGUCACGACGGUCUGAACAGCUACACGUGUGAAUGUGGAGCAGGUUGGGAGGGUCUGCAUUGUGAAAACGACACCAACGAGUGUUCCUCCGAUCCAUGUCAGAACGGUGCCACGUGUCAUGACGAACUGAACAGUUACACGUGUGAAUGUGUGAAAGGCUGGGAGGGUCUGCAUUGUGAUAUUGACACCAACGAUUGUUCCUCUAACCCAUGUAACAACAAUGCCACAUGUCAUGACGGACUGAACAGCUACACGUGUGCAUGUGUGGCUGGCUGGGAGGGAGCUCAUUGUGACAUCGACACCAAUGAGUGUUCCUCCGACCCAUGUAAGAACGGUGCCACGUGCCAUGACGAACUGAAUAACUACACGUGUGUAUGUGUGGCUGGCUGGGAGGGUGAACAUUGUGACAUAGAAACGGAUGAGUGUUCUUCCAGCCCAUGUCAGAACGGUGCCACGUGUCAUGAUGGACUGAAUAACUACACGUGUACAUGUACGGAUGGCUGGGAGGGUCUGCAUUGUGGUAUUGACACCGAUGAGUGUUCCUCUGACCCAUGUCAGAACGGUGCCACGUGUCAUGACGAACUAAACAGCUACACGUGUGCAUGUGUGGCUGGCUGGGAGGGCACUCAUUGUGACAUCGACACCAAUGAGUGUUCAUCCAAUCCAUGUCAGAACGGUGCCACGUGUCAUGAUGAAGCGAAUAGCUACACGUGUGAAUGCGGGGAUGGGUGGGAAGGUCUGCAUUGUGACAACGACACCAAUGAGUGUACCUCCAACCCAUGUCAGAACGGUGCCACCUGUCAUGACGGACUGAAUAACUACACGUGUACAUGUGUGGCUGGCUGGGAGGGCGCUCAUUGUGACAUCGAAACGGAUGAGUGUUCCUCCAACCCAUGUAAGAACGGUGCAACGUGUCAUGACGGACUAGAUAACUACACGUGUGCAUGUACGAAUGGCUGGGAUGGUCUGCAUUGUGACAUUGACGCCAAUGAGUGUUCCUCCGAUCCAUGUCAGAACGGUGCCACGUGUCAUGACGAACUGAACAGCUACACGUGUGCAUGUGUGGCUGGCUGGGAGGGUAUACAUUGUAAUAACGACACCAAUGAGUGUUCCUCCAACCCAUGUCAGAACGGUGCCACGUGUCAUGACGGACUGAACAGCUACACGUGUGCAUGUGUGGCUGGUUGGGAGGGAGCUCAUUGUGACAUCGACACCGAUGAGUGUUCAUCCAAUCCAUGUCAGAACGGUGCCACCUGUCAUGAUGUAGCGAACAGCUACACGUGUGAAUGCGAGGAUGGGUGGGAGGGUCUACAUUGUGACAACGACACCGACGAGUGUUCCUCUGACCCAUGUAAGAACGGUGCCACGUGUCAUGACGGACUGAACAGCUACACGUGUGGAUGUGUGGCUGGAUGGGAGGGCCUGCAUUGUGACAUCGACACCAAUGAGUGUUCAUCCAACCCAUGUCAGAACGGUGCCACCUGUCAUGAUGAAGCGAAUAGCUACACGUGUGAAUGCGGGGAUGGGUGGGAGGGUCUACAUUGUGACAACGACACUGAUGAGUGUUCCACCGACCCAUGUAAGAACGGUGCCACGUGUCAUGACGGACUGAACAGCUACACGUGUGCAUGUGUGGCUGGCUGGGAGGGCAAUAAUUGUGACAUCGAAACGGAUGAGUGUUCUUCCAACCCGUGUCAGAACGGUGCCACGUGUCAUGACGAACUAAACAGCUACACGUGUGCAUGUGUGGAUGGCUGGGAGGGCAUACAUUGUGACAUCGAAACGGAUGAGUGUUCCUCUGACCCCUGUCAGAACGGUGCCACGUGUCAUGACGGACUAAACAGUUACACGUGUGCAUGUGUGGAUGGCUGGGAGGGUGCUCAUUGUGACAUCGACACCGAUGAGUGUUCCUCUGACCCAUGUCAGAACGGUGCCACGUGUCAUGACGAACUGAACAGCUACACGUGUGCAUGUGUGGCUGGCUGGGAGGGCACUCAUUGUGACAUCGAAACGGAUGAGUGUUCCUCCAAUCCGUGUCAGAACGGCGCCACAUGUCAUGACGAGCUAAACAGUUACACGUGUGCAUGUGUGGAUGGCUGGGAGGGCAUACAUUGUGACAUCGAAACGGAUGAGUGUUCCUCUGACCCAUGUAAGAACGGUGCCACGUGUCAUGACGGACUGAACAGUUACACGUGUGCAUGUGUGGAUGGCUGGGAGGGUGUUCAUUGUGACAUCGAGACGGAUGAGUGUUUAUCCAACCCAUGUAACAACGAUGCCACGUGUCAUGACGGACUGAACAGCUACACGUGUGCAUGUUCGAAUGGCUGGGAGGGUCUGCAUUGUGAUAUUGACAGCGACGAGUGUUCCUCUGACCCAUGUCAGAACGGUGCCACGUGUCAUGACGAACUGAACAGCUACACGUGUGCAUGUGUGGCUGGCUGGGAGGGCACUCAUUGUGACAUCGAGACGGAUGAGUGUUUAUCCAACCCAUGUAAGAACGGUGCCACGUGUCAUGACGGACUGAACAGCUACACGUGUGAAUGUGUGGCUGGCUGGGAGGGUCUGCAUUGUGAUAUUGACACCAAUGACUGUUCCUCCGACCCCUGUCAGAACGGUGCCACGUGUCAUGACGAACUGAACAGCUACACGUGUGAAUGUGUUAUUGGCUGGGAGGGCACACAUUGCGACAUAGAAAUCGUUGAAUGCACCUCUGAUCCAUGUCAGAACGGUGCCACGUGCCAUGACGAACUAAACAGCUACACGUGCGAAUGUGGGUCUGGCUGGGAGGGUCUACAUUGUGAAAUCGCUGUCAAGUCAACAUCACCUCAGGCGACGACGGAACUGAAGUCACCAAGACUGACGUUAACCUCACAAGAGGGUACCUCAAAAGCGACACCGACUUCAUUUACGGCAGCUGUUUCAACCACAUCAAAUAUAAAACCAGAGAGUCCUCGGAAGAUCGUAUCAGCAAGCCUGGCGAUGCAGGUCCCGUUUAUCGCAGCGUAUCAAGAAAGGAGUUCGACCGAAUUCACGGAACUGGCUGGGAAAGUCAAAGAUUCGCUAACUCGUAUAUACGAAGGCAUCCCUGGAUUUCUGGAAAUCAUCAUCCUUCAGUUCAUCCCUGGAAGCGUCGUGACUAGGUACAUGGCGACAUUUGACAGAGAGAGAGCUGAAAAUGACAGUGCAAUCACUGCCAUUGCACAGAACAACCUAAUGGCAGCCAUUGACAAUGGUACCUUUGACAGUACGCUGAAUGUCACACGGAGCCAGGCACUUCAACCCACUACGUUAACGAGUAAAGAGUUGCAGCAGAUAUCUGGGGACCCCAGUCUUUGUGGACUGACAUGUGGUGAAGGUGCGGUUUGCCAACUUAGUGACCUGGAUGGAGACAUGAUCUUUGAAUGUGUUUGUGAAGACAACUACUGCAACGCAGGUGUCUGCAAAGUGGUGGUCGACAAGGGACCUGAAUGCGAGUGCCCCUCCGUGUUGGUACCCGUUUACCACGGAGAUCGGUGCAGUCCUCUCUUAACCCAGGCGGCCGUCAUCGGUAUCGGUGUAGGAUGUGUCUGCGCCGUUCUCAUCAUCAUUGUAACAGUCGUUAAGAUGGCCAGGAGGGCACGGAAAGUGGGCAAGAACCGACAAGGCAAUAGGUACCGUCCCGGUGGACUGACUAUCGACAAUUAUGGAACCUACACCGAUUACUCUGAUCGGGCCCGGCGGUACAGCGCAAUGGGACAGAAGCAAGUGUCUGGUAGCCAGUUAAGGAUCCCACGACCCAGUGUGAAGUACAAUCCCGAUGGAAAUUAGACAUACAUGUCCAAAAGAAAUGGACAUCUCUCCACCACCACAAGCAACCAUAAGUUAUAUAUAUAUAGCCGGAACGUAUCUUUUAUGAAAUAAUAUUUUAUGCUGAAAUUUUUAUCUGAGUUUUAAUAAAUACUAUUCUGGUACAUUGAACCGAUCAAGAUUAUACUCGUAGGUGAAGAAGUAUAAGCUGAACGAGUCUUUUUUAUUUGUAUGCCAUAUAACAGUGGGGAAAUAUUUCGGGUCUUAUGAUCUCUUAUCAAAUAAGAUAACUUCUUUAUAUUUCAUCACUUUUUUUCGAAACAACCAUGCAAUGUGUGGCUGUGUCAUUUACACAUACUGUGAAUGGAAACAAGAAUAACUGCUCUAGACGCUUAAUACGUUUUAUCAUGCACGCGUGUUAAGGCAAUCCACCUAUGUUAUUAAUAAUUUCUUACAUUGCAUAUGACCUUGACUUAUUUAUACGGCAACAUGAUAUAUAUCAUUAAGAAUUGUCUUUCUUAUGGUUAUCUUAAUAGAAUUAGAGGUGAUAUUUUUGCGUAUGAUGAGGUCGCUCAUUAUGAAAGAAAGAUUACAGGAUGAUUUUGUGUUAUUAUGCAUCAGAAUGUUUUACAUACUAAGCAAUGUUUUUAUACGAUAUCCAAGAAAAUAUGUUGAUGUGAUCUUUGUCAA